GUGGUCACAAUCACUGUUGCCACACCCUUCUUACGCCUGUUCUCAACAACUAUCCCCAAUAGAGAACAACGAGCAAGGUUAGGUGUAUAUGUGACCUGACCCCGAGACAUCGAUUCGAUUUAGCUCAAUCGACUUCGUCUACCCUUGUGCGAGCCCGAAACCCGACAACCCAGUUUGUGUUCGCCGUAGCAACAGCAUGAGCGCAAGCGCGGGAGUAACGAGACUUACCUCAGAUGAGUUGAAGCAGAGAGUCAUAUCAAACACAGGAGAAGAUGGACACCUCAAGAAUAAAGCAUUUGACUUGGAUGCGCGAACAGUUGCGAUUCUCGGAAAAAGGCACCAGAUUAGUAAAAAUUUCGGCUUCACGUCUAUGUUGAGUUUCUCCACGACGGUGCUUGUCUCAUGGGAAGCUUUCGCGGUCACCUUUCAAGGCGGUUUGGUCAAUGGCGGCCCUUCUACCCUGGUAUAUGGUUUGAUUUUCUCUUUCUUCGGCUCUCUGGCAACUGCGGCCUCACUUGCUGAGAUGGCAUCAAUUUCCCCGACUUCAGGGGGGCAAUAUCACUGGGUUGCAUUGUUGGCUCCUCACAAAUACGCGAUUUCCUUUAGCUGGUUUGCCGGCUGGAUUACAGCAUUUAUGCGAAUUGCAGUGACUGCUAGUGUGGCCUUCCUAGCAGCAACGAUGAUCCAGGGGCUAAUUAUAUUGAACUACCCCGAUACGUACACGCCUGAGCAAUGGCAUGGUACGCUGAUGUACUGGGCCGUCACUCUUGUUAUCGUGUUCAUCAACAUAUUUGGCAUUCGAUUUCUCCCUCACAUUGAGACCCUAGCCCUGAUACUGCACGUAAGUUUCUUCUUCUGUAUCCUGGUACCUCUGGUGCAUUUGGCCCCGCGAAGCUCCAGUGAGUUCGUAUUCAAAUCAUUCGCGAACAAUGGCGGUUGGAAAAGCGAUGGUGUUUCUUGGUGCAUUGGUCUCUUGACAUCGACCUACGCCUUCUCUGGCGUUGACGGAGCCUCUCACAUGGCCGAAGAAGUGGAUAACGCAGCAAUUGUGGUCCCCCAAACUAUGAUCUGGAGUAUCAUUGUUAGCGGAGUUCUCUGCUUCGGGAUGAGCAUUGCCAUCCUCUUCAGCAUCGGAGAUGUCACCGCCGCCUUGGAGACGCCAACAGGAUUCCCAAUUAUCGAGAUUUUCUUCAAUGCCACCAAAUCUUACGCGGCCACCAAUGCCAUGGUAUCUGCUUUGAUUAUAUCCAUUUUCUUCUCUGCCCUAGGUCUGUUAGCCUCAGGCUCUAGGCUUAUUUGGGCAUUCGCUCGUGACGAUGGGAUGCCAUUCCCUCAUUACUUCUCUCAUGUUGACGCUCGAUUUGGCAUCCCGGUUCGCGCCAUCCUGUGGAGCGCAGUUUUAAUUGCACUCCUUGGUCUGAUCAACUUGGGAUCGACGACGGCGUUUAAUGCAAUGGUUUCUCUUGCCUUGCUCGGACAAUACUCGACCUAUGUGCUUCCGACUAUCUUCAUUCUCGCCCGCCGUAUCCACCCAGGAAAGAACAUCCCUUUCGGUCCAUGGGAGUUGGGCAAGUGGGGCAUCCCGAUUAACAUUUUCACCAUCGCCUUUUCGUUCUUGACGAUUGCAUUCAACGUCCUCCCACCUUAUUUCCCCGUGACUGCCGUAAAUAUGAAUUACGCAGGAGUCGUGUUUGGGGUAGCACUGAUCAUCUGCGGUCUCCUUUGGCUUCUGAGAGGAAAAAGGCACUACGCAGGACCUAUUAGGGAGGUGAUGGAGAACGGAAAUGUACGAUCGGCGCUUCUGAACUGCGAAAUCGAGCCGGCACAUAACCGUGAGGUUCAUGACACUGAUAAGGUAGCUUAAGCUAGUCUAGGGUUGCAGAAAAGUGUGGGAUUACAAAUAGAUUCAUCGUCAUGUAGCUUACGCCUGUGUUCAUGGCGGCUGCGAGCAUUUACAUUGGCUUUGUUUAUUCUUCGGUGACAAAUUCGAUCUUCUAGCCUAGGUAGCUUAUUGUCGCGCAUGCAUUUU